UUCAUACCAGGUUAGGGAGAGAUUACUAUGAGAACCUGCGAUCCACUGGCCUCGCAGGAAAUACUUCUUUAUUUACUUUCACAGGAAAGUACUUCUUUAUGUGUGUUAAGGCUGACUGAACCAGCUGUUAUUAGAGGGUGUGUUUAACCGGGAUGAAACGGAGUAAUUAAGUCUAUCGUGGCGCGUGAGACGCAUGGUUAUUGAGAGAUUAAGGACAGUUGUUCGGACUGGAUUCAUUUUGAGGAAAAGGAUUGGAGUGAACUGAUGAACCUGAACUUCAUCCUCAUGUGUGCCUGUUAAAAUCUCACAGUAUUAAAGUUAGUUUGGGAUGGCAGCUGGUUUGUUAUUGUUAAGGGAAACCAAAGUGUCCUGCCGACAAGUGAUAUAGAACAGGCAUGCCCAGUGUUUGAGCUGUAACAAAGAUAACACUGACUUACUUAGCCUGUAUAUUUCUGCCUAAACCUUAAAGAUGGCGCAUGGACAGUUUAAUGAGAUGUAAAAAUGUAUAUGGUUAUGGUUAAGUACUCCUACAGCUCAAUGUAAUAGCUUUUUUUGAUAAUCUUAAUCUUUUCGUCAUAUUCUUGCCUUGUAGAAAAGAUCAUCCUUCUCACAUGACGUUUUGUGGUGUUUGUGAACCAUGAAAUUACCAACGUUUUGCUCGUAACAAAAAUUGCUCAAAAUGAAAUCUUGUUAAACCAAUUCUUGCUACUUUCUUGCACUUUGAUAAUGCCAGUUACUGCAAGCGCAUGUUCAUUUGUGCAGUAAAUGAAGUGUCACACCGCUGGAACCUUUGACUGUUGGGAAAGCUGCUCCGUCUGCCGCCUCAGCUCGUCCUUGGCCUCACAUGAGCCGUAGUCAUGUGCUCUCCGAGGGGCUGCGCUCUGUCUCACAUGACACCGGGUAGUAAAACACAAUUGUCUGGCUGGACUUUGCUUCAUCUUUCGCGUGGCAAAUUCAAGAAGUACACUGUUAUUCUCGGAAGGAUGUAUGUGGGCAAACUGAAACCCUGCAGUCAUUGUUUCCUGUUUUGUUACUCUUUUGGCAUUUCACGUUAUUAAUGUUGCUUAGUCAUUUUUAUGACUCGUGAAUUUCCUGUUUGUUUGGGGGAAAGGACGACCAAGUUUUGCACAGUCAUGACUUUUGCAAGCUGAAAUUUAUCCCUCAAGUUCCCAGCGAUCCCUCAGCCUGCCCGGAUGAAGGCCGAGCCAGAAGGAGACCUCCUCGAAGAGGACUCUGCUCCGGAGAAUGGAGUCGAGACAAACCAGUACAGCUCCGUCUCUCCUCCUGCUUCACCAGUGGCCCAGGACGAACCCUUCUCCACGUACUUUGAAGACAAGGUGGCCAUUCCUGACAAUGUCAGCCAGGUGUUCAGCUUCCGUAAACUCUGGGCGUUCACUGGACCAGGUUUUUUGAUGAGCAUUGCUUACUUGGAUCCAGGGAACAUCGAGUCUGAUCUGCAGUCUGGAGCUAAAGCUGGCUUUAAGCUCCUGUGGAUUCUCCUCGGAGCCACCAUCAUCGGGCUGCUGUUGCAGAGGUUAGCUGCACGCCUCGGGGUCGUCACUGGGAUGCACCUGGCCGAAGUCUGCAACCGCCAAUAUCCAACAGUUCCUCGGAUCAUUCUCUGGCUGAUGGUUGAGCUGGCGAUCAUUGGCUCUGACAUGCAGGAGGUUAUUGGCUGUGCCAUAGCGCUCAACCUUCUGUCUAUGGGCGGUAUUCCACUUUGGGGAGGAGUCCUCAUAACCAUCACAGACACAUUUGUGUUCCUCUUUCUAGACAAAUACGGCCUAAGGAAACUUGAAGCUUUCUUUGGUUUUCUUAUCACCAUAAUGGCACUCAGCUUUGGUUACGAGUAUGUGCUGGUCAGGCCAAACCAAGGGGAGCUGCUGAAGGGGAUGUUCGUACCUUACUGUGCCGACUGUGGGCCCGUGCAGCUGGAGCAGGCCGUGGGAAUCGUGGGAGCCGUCAUCAUGCCCCACAACAUCUACUUGCACUCAGCGCUGGUCAAGUCUCGGGACAUUGAUCGCAAAAAUAAGAAUGAAGUAAAGGAAGCUAACAAGUACUACUUCAUCGAGUCAUCUGUUGCUCUCUUCAUCUCGUUUCUCAUCAACGUCUUUGUCGUAGCAGUCUUUGCUCAGGCCUUCUUCAAUAAAACCAAUAUUGAAAUGCAUAUGCAUUGCAACGCAACCGACAGCCCAUACGCAAAUGUCUUCCCUCUCAACAACCACACACUCGAGGUGGACAUCUACAAAGGGGGAGUGGUCCUGGGCUGUUUCUUUGGCCCUGCAGCCCUUUACAUCUGGGCGGUGGGGAUCCUGGCAGCUGGACAGAGUUCUACCAUGACCGGCACUUACUCUGGGCAGUUUGUCAUGGAGGGUUUCCUAAACCUUCGGUGGUCCCGUUUUGCACGUGUGCUGCUGACCCGCUCCAUCGCCAUCACACCUACACUCCUGGUAGCCAUUUUUCAAGACGUUGAGCAUCUGACCGGGAUGAACGACUUCCUCAACGUGCUUCAAAGCAUGCAGCUUCCAUUUGCUUUGAUCCCAAUUCUGACCUUCACAAGUCUGACGUCCAUAAUGAACGACUUUGCAAAUGGAAUGGUAUGGAAGAUUUCGGGGGGCGUGGUCAUCCUGGUGGUUUGUGCAAUUAACAUGUACUUUGUGGUGGUUUACGUGACGGCGCUGGACAGUGUGCUGUUCUACGUAUUCGCUGCGCUGCUCUCCGUAGCCUAUCUCUGCUUUGUUGGCUACCUGGCAUGGCACUGUUUGGUUGCUUUGGGGGUUUCCUGCCUGGACUUUUGCGGCAGGAUGCAGCUGUCACGGCACACAGAUAUCUACUUACUGACUGACAUGGACACUGAUACUGACACUCGGGUUGAGAGAUAGAAGACGUUGUGAUCGAAUGUUCAAGUGAAGACCCGACAGAAGCGUGGGACCACUGCAGCUUGGCCAGUAUGCGUUUGUCUUUGCCUCUCGGAGUGCCUAACGUGGUUUUUUUUAUGUGUUCUUUCAGUACGCAGCACGGAACACACCAAUGUCUAAUGCAAUGACACAUGUUUUUCAUCACAACGCUAAAUAAUGUUUACAAAAAACAUUUAGUAUACAUGAACUUCUAAGUGACUGUGACACAGUGAACCAUAUGACAUUCAGAAACACUGCACUCUAAUUACUGCUUAUUAUUCCAGGUUAUUGAGAUAUCUUGUCUUUAGUGAUGUUGUUGUCGGAUUUCAGCCGGUGCAUUACUAAUGAUGCCAUGGACAGAUAUGCAGAGAAUGGACAGCAGCCAGAAACUUUCAUUUAUUUGAAUUUUGUCCACGAGUUUUUGGUUUAGUUAACAUGCUUUAAAACAAAACAGAUUUCAAUUACAUUUUGUUUUUGAAUUUGGUCGCACACAAUCAGAGUAAGAACAGGAAAAAAGUCUAGAGAAGAUUCUGUGUGUUUUAUUCAUAAAGAAACACCAAAGCUGCAGUAUGCUGUUAACAAUGAUUUAGCAUUUGUUGGGGACCAUCUUAUAUAUCUAAUGUUCAGAUAAAAUCUGAAGUGAUCUAAAAAGUAAAUUUAAUCUAAAUGCUAACAUUAAGCGAAUACUAAUUCAGUCUAAUACAUUAUUAUGAAUAUAUUAAUUUAGAGAUUUAACACUUCAGAAAAAAAUAAUAUUUUAUUUCCUCUGUGUUGAGCUAUAAAAGAGUGACAGUUUUAUGUCAUUUUAAGCACAGUUAUGCAUCUUUUUUAGAUGCUUAAAAACGUCUGUUCUUGGAGAGAACAUCUUUACGUCGUUAUGUGUUUCCAGAUAGUUUAAGGGCCAGUCAUACUUAAUAGUGAAUUAAGUCACCAUGCGCAGCUCCUCUUGAUAAUUUAUUUAUCCCACACAUUAGACUCUAAUUUGGUAUAUUACUUUUAGUUAUUUAUUGUUUCCCAAAUGUCAUUCUCAGUUAAGUCUCGGACAGUUUAUUUGAUAUUUUCUUUAACUUCGGCUUUUGGGGGGUUUUGAAAACUUUUUUUUCAUUUAAACAUUUGUGUGAUAUUGUGAUUUGUGCAGAAGUGCAUAACAUUACAGAAAAAUAUGGCAUUUAUUCUAUGAAAUGAACAUAACUUCCAACUGUGGUGCAAAUAUACGAGGUACAGUAAAUGCUAAAUAUGAAAAGAGGUGUUGCUUAAUGAGUAGCAGCAUUGGUCAUGUUGUAUCUCAGGGAUCCUUGUGUCCUAACAAGAUGCUUUUUGUUACUCAACUGCUGUUUACCAGGUGUUACAUUGGAGUUUGUGAUUUUACAAAAGCAAAUGUUUCUGAUUGGGAAGGGCGGACUCUUGCGUGUCUUCUUAAUUACUUUACAAACUUACCUUUUUUUAAAAGUUGUAUUUUACAGAAAACUAGAUAAUUAAUAACAAUAAGUAGAAACAGUAUAAGGAAGACCGUAAAGAAUUUGUAAUAACAACUCCAACAUUUUCCAUGCAGGCGACUGCAGUGCCUCUUGUGUUCACCAUUGUGCCUAAUUUCUUGGAUCCCUAGCACGCUACCCAGCCAAAAACGAUGAACAACCCAAGAAUCUCACAUUGUUGUACAUAAGUAAAAUCAUCAGAAUUAUUGUACGAAUACACGCGGUAGGGUUGCAAAAGAAACACUUUUUUUUUGUGUGUGUAAAAAUUUUUAAAAAAGGAAGAAAAAAAAGCUUUUAGUGAAAUGUAUGUAAUAAAUGGUAAUGUCCUCA